AUGGCGAGCCGCUUGAGCUGCCGACGAUCAACUAUCGGCCCGAGGCACUCGCUGCUGCUGAGACCAGCGGAAGAGGUUCCAACUGAGCUUCGCGGAUUACCGGAAGAGUUGACCAGGCGCAUUGCCACAGCAACCUCGGAGUCCGAGCUUCGAGACGUCGCGGGCGAAGUUGUGGAGGAAGCGCUCUUGCUGUUGGACCAUCGAGGUUUAAUCAAAGACUUGGACAAGAUAUGGCCGACAACCAGGGCCUGCAAGCAACUGGGCACCUCCGAAGUCUUGACUCUCACAUCUGCGAUCAAGAUGUCCCUAGCCUCCACCCUGCGGGACACAGCUCAGCGCGGGGUCAUGCCACGUCGGAAGGUCUUGGCAUUGUUCAACUUCCUGGCCGAGCUCUGUUGGGCGAACUAUAUGUGCCCGUCCGAGCACGCGAUUCAGAAGGCCAUGCAUUGCCUGCUGGACACAGCCUGGGCUCUCACCGAAUGUGCUGGCAACUCUGAGCCGGCCGGGUGGUAUGUGGAGUCCUGCGCAUAUUUUCUGGCUCGCGUGGGGGAAAUCAUCAUGCUCAAUCCUCUCGAGGUUUUCAACGUCUUAGAUCCACUGUCGGCGAGACUGGCAUCUUUGGCUCGGCAGUUGCCUCGCCGAACAAAGUCGUUCGUUUGGCUGCUGCUACGCCGUCGAGAAAUGAUGUGGCGUGGGUCUUUGCAGCUGUCCAUCAGCCCCAGCUACUGGCAAGCUUAUUCCGGAGCCCGGCUCGUCUUGACGGGCCACUUCAAGGGCGACCCAAAGACCUGCUAUCUUGCAGAGCUGCCGUGGUGUGCGUGUGCCUCCAUUAUGCGUUUUAUUUGCGAGGGAAAUUCCCUGGAUGCGGCCGAAGCUGUAUGGAGCAUCGAGAACCAUGCAGAGAUGCCCUCGACCGAUGAUUGGCUCUCCGAGUUCCUGGAGCAGCUCCCAGCCACGCCAAAAGCGCGAGAGGGUGUCAGAAUCUACGAAGUCACUGCACAGAACAUCGCUCCGCGAAUGGCUUACAACCAUGAAGCACCAGUACUAUGCUGCGCUUUCUCCAAAGACGGCCAGCGAGUAUUCAGCGGAGGCUGCGACAACAAGGUGAAAAUGAAAGUCUUGCAGACUCAGCAAGAACAGCAGAUAGGUCAGCAUGAUGGGCCAGUGAAGGAAGUCUUCGUCGUGGAUGAGAUGAACAUGGUGGUCUCAGGAAGCUGGGACAGGACACUCCGUUUCUGGAACCUUCAACAACCCACUCCUGUGGCCACUCUGCAGCUUCCGGAACGAGUAUACACGAUGGACGUGAAAUAUCCAUUGCUUGUAGUGGGUUGUGCGGAGAGGCAUGUGCUUGUAUACAAUCUGCAAGCCAUCCAGCAGAAUCCGGCGCCAUAUAAACAGGGCCAGACGGCUCUCAAAAUGCAAACAAGAGUCAUUUGCUGCUUUCCUGACAAGACAGGAUAUGCAGUUGGAUCGAUAGAAGGUCGUUGCUCAAUCGCCCACAUAGAGGACACGAGCAAAAACUUUGCCUUCAAGUGCCACCGCACGAACACAGAAAUCUAUGCAGUGAACGACAUCGACUUCCACCCAACCAUGGGGACAUUUGCUACCUGUGGCGGUGAUGGCACCUUUGUGUAUUGGGACAAGGAGAACAGACAGCGCCUCAAAGCCUUCAACUCCUGUCAUUAUCCGUUAACCUCGGGGAAGUUUAACGCACCCGGAGACAUGUAUGCCUAUGCUGUGUCGUAUGACUGGAGCAAAGGCCAUGAGCAGAACCAUCCGAGUUUGCCGAAAGGCGUCUUGGUCCACAAAGUCCAGGCGACGGAGGUUCAACCAAAGGCCGGCUCCGCAAAUCAGCGCGCCAAGAGAUGA